CUUUGGUUCAGCGUUUAAGUCCAUCUUUAUAUUUCGCAAAAGGAUCUAGAGCUGACAUGAUCGUAAAUUUCAGGAAAAACUAGACAUCUUAUUGUAAAGAUGAAAUUGCAAGUUCCACUGCUGUUGCUGAUGCUACUACAGCUGCGCCUUGCAAAUGCAGCCACUUGUCAGUGCACUUUCACUGCCAACACCCCAGUACGGACGGAAACCAACUCAAAGUCACAUGUUGUGCAGUAUCUUGGGAAUGCCACAUGCUUCCAUGGAAACAUAACAAAUGACUGGUUUAUGGUCUCGGGUCAACCGGAUAUGUAUAUUCAAGAGGACCAGCUUCUGCCAUAUGAUAACUGCAUACUGCUGGAUGCCAGUGAAUGGUUAGCUGAAAUACCAGGUCUUAGAACUGUCAAUUCCUUUGACUCCAAUGUUUGGAUGCCUUGCCUCGCGGAUGGACACACCAUGGCUUGCUUUGCUGCCUCCUUUGAAACUUGUGUGAGGCAUUCUUCCUUGGAUGGCUGUCCCCCAGUGACGAUUGAGGAGAAAAGAUUUCUUCUAGACAACACAAACAUGUGUGACUUUGAAGCAGACAGCCUAUGCUCAUGGCAGAAUGUUCAGCAAGGUGACGACUUCGACUGGAUUCGCUACCGGUCAUCAACGCCAACAGAUGACACCGGUCCGGAUUUUGACCAUACCCUCAAAAAUGAUAAAGGGAGCUACAUGUUUAUUGAGACCAGCUCCCCGCGGGUCCAAAAUGAGAGGGCCUGGCUGGUUAGUCCACUUAUACAAUACCCGGGAUCCCAUUUCCAGUGCUUUCAGUUCUGGUAUCACAUGAAAGGCUCGUCGGUGGGAACGCUGAACGUGUACCAGACACAAGAUGGCCUCCUCCCCGGCAAUCUCAUUUGGAGCUUGUCGGAGCACCAGGGCCCUGAUUGGCUGUCUGGGCAAGUUCCACUGAACACAACAGUGGGGUACAAGCUAGUUUUGGAGGCAACAGUAGGGAUUGGUUACGAGGGUGACAUCGCAGUGGACGACUUUAACUUGACGAAAGGCUUCUGUCCACCACUGCCCGUCAAAGCUUCUAGAACAAAUUUAGCAAGAACAAAUGAAACAUCAACAAGCCCGUCCUACCCGCCAGUCCCAGCUGAUCUUGUUCUGCAGUACUUCUGUGAGAAUAUCAAUAAUGUCAACUGCAGCCGGUACGCGUAUGAUGUGCCAUGCGGAACUGACGGACGCUUCUACCCCAAUAUAUGCAUACUCACUAAAGAGAAAUGUUCCAAUCCUCACUUGGCAAUCCACACAGAUUACAAACAUUGCAGUGUUGUCCCAGGAUGGACCACCGUUUCUUCCUUUGGGACCACACCAGUCACGAGCAUUCUGGGAUCAGAGCCGCCCAUAUUUCAGCUGUUCUGUGAAAACAAGGACCACAUCGUCUGCAAUCAGUUCGAUGUCGUCUGCGCAACUGAUGGCCACUUCUAUCCGAACAGAUGUGAACAGUUGAAAGCAACCUGCACCAAUCCUGCAUUAAUGGUAUCUUCAAAAGUUUCACUUUGCUCAGUGAACUCAGUGAAUGGUAUCUGGGGAGCUUGGAGUGACUGGUCCUCAUGUCAUUGUAACGCUACACAAACUCGGUCCAGAUUAUGUGACAGUCCACCACCAGCUGGGACAGGUUUACCUUGCAAUGGAGCGGCUAGACAGUACAUGACAUGCAAACUGGAUCAUAACGAACACUGUCCAGUGAACGGUCUAUGGAGUAGCUGGUAUCCGUGGGCAUCAUGCAGCGUGACGUGCGGUGUGGGGGACCAUUACCGACUGAGGACAUGCACCCAUCCACGGCCACAACAUGGAGGCAGUUAUUGCGAGGGGGAAGCUGAGGAGCGAGAAUCAUGCCAGCAAGGAAUUUGUGUUGUUGAUGGUUCAUGGGGAAGCUGGUAUCCGUGGAGUCCUUGCUCAGUGUCAUGUGGCGUCGGUGAAAUAGUACGCGCAAGGACGUGUACAAACCCCCGACCACAGAAUGGUGGCUCAUACUGCAUGGGAAUAUCAGAGGAGCGGCGACCCUGCUCCAUGUUAUCAUGUGCAGGCACAAGUGUAGGGCCUACCAACCCGCCAGCGACGACGACAGUGCCAACAGUUCCAACGACGACUCUUAAUCCGGCUCUGGUAGCUUUCUGCGCAGCCUCGCCCCGCCCGACCUGCAGUCAGGAACUGGCACCGGUAUGCGGGUCGGACAAACGAUUGUACAUAAACAAAUGCGAGUUCACGAGGGCCUUUUGCAACGACAACAGUUUGAGCUCCAAGGAUGUUACUUUCUGCACUGGGGGAUAUUCGUCAACUGGUACGAUUUCAGCUACGAGUAGUUCAUCUAACAGUCCAACAUCAUCUACAGCACCUUCUACAACAGGGAGUUUACUCACUGGUACAAGUUCAACUAUGAGUAGUCCACCCGAGACUUCAACUCCAACAACUACUACAACAGGACCCCGCGGCACAUCGGAAACGACCACAGGCACUAUCGUCCGCCCAACAGCGGCUUCUCAUCCUAUCCAGUGCACAUUAUGUAAGGUCAACCCGCAGCUGUGUUUUGUCCUCACCAAGGUGGAGAUGUGUCCUGACUCCUACUGUAUCAAUGAAGUCACAAACAAGGAAGACGGCUCCAAAUGGGUUGACAGAAGAUGUGGCACUUAUGACGAGUGUGAGAACGACUGGUGGCACAGCACAAGUGAUGAUCCAGACUGUCAGGACUACAAACCAGACAUAAACUCGUAUAAGGACAUCCAUUGUACCUACUGCUGCACAACGGACAACUGUAACAGGGAUAUCAAGCCUUCUCAAGACACCCUCUACACGCAUCCCAAGAAAUAGACAAGCAACUAAUUCGUUUUUCUCGAAUGUUGUUUCUGAGCGCAAUAAAUAGCUUGGCUUGUUCUUCCA